AUGAGCUCGUACUUUGUAAACUCCUUCUCGGGGCGUUAUCCAAAUGGCCCGGACUAUCAGUUGCUAAAUUAUGGCAGUGGCAGCUCUCUGAGCGGCUCUUACAGGGAUCCCGCUGCCAUGCACACCGGCUCUUACGGCUACAAUUACAAUGGGAUGGAUCUCAGCGUCAACCGCUCCUCGGCCUCCUCCAGCCACUUUGGGGCGGUGGGCGAGAGCUCGCGCGCCUUCCCCGCGUCCGCCCAGGAGCCCCGCUUCAGGCAGGCGACGUCCAGCUGUUCCCUGUCCUCGCCCGAGUCCCUGCCCUGCACUAACGGCGACAGCCACGGCGCCAAGCCCUCUGCUUCGUCCCCUUCUGACCAGGCGACCCCAGCCAGCUCCAGCGCCAAUUUCACCGAAAUAGACGAGGCCAGCGCGUCCUCUGAGCCCGAGGAAGCGGCGAGCCAGCUAAGCAGCCCCAGCCUGGCUCGGGCACAGCCAGAGCCCAUGGCCACCUCUACAGCCGCGCCCGAGGGGCAGACUCCACAGAUAUUCCCCUGGAUGAGGAAGCUUCACAUCAGCCACGAUAUGACUGGGCCAGACGGAAAAAGGGCCCGGACCGCCUAUACUCGCUACCAGACCCUGGAGCUGGAAAAGGAAUUCCACUUCAAUCGCUACCUGACCCGGCGGCGACGUAUCGAGAUCGCCCACGCGCUUUGCCUGUCCGAGCGUCAGAUCAAAAUCUGGUUCCAGAACCGUCGCAUGAAGUGGAAGAAAGACAACAAACUGAAAAGUAUGAGUCUGGCUACAGCCGGCAGCGCCUUCCAACCUUGAGCCCACCCGGAGGAGCCCUGGGCGGCCCGAGAGCCCGCACCACCCCCAGCUCGAUCCUUCCAAUCUUCCCUGCACUGCCGCUGCCCGCUGGGGACCAGUUCCCACGAGCCUGUCACACCCCAGUCCUGUGUUACAAUUUUUCGUUUGGUCUUGGGUCUUCCCAUGGCUCCCUCUCUCCUGGACUGGUUAUCUUGUUAUUAUUGUUAAUAAUAAUAAUUAUUUCCCCCUCGGUGCUCCCCACUUCUCUUGGCUCGCCCCCCCAAGUUGUCAGUGUUUCUGAAUGUCCUCGUGUCUGUGGUUGCGCUCCUUUCCCCAGGAAAAAGAAAAGAAAAAGAAAUUCGCAUGUUUAAUGUGACUUCCCCUCCCUGUCUGUGUUCUAACUUAUUUAUAAAAGGAUGAUGGCUGUAUUUUGAGUUUCUGCUGGAAACUUCCGUAAGGGGCAGCAGUUGAGGUUGGGUAGUGCUGGGCCCAGCUGAGCUGGCCUGGGAAAUGGAGCCCAUGUCUGUGUCUCUUUUCUCCCACCUCAUCCUUCUUCAGCCCCCACCCCCCGCCCCCACUCCCUAGGCUCAGGUAGCUUGUUCCUUGGGGUGGGAAGGGAGCUAGGGAAGGGUCCAAGUGUGGACAUUGAGAAGAGGAGAGGAAAAGAGAAAGAGCUGAACUCCUGCUGCCUGGUAGGCCCCACAAGGCCUAGUCUAGAAGUGUAUGGAAUCAGAAAUAAUCCUCAGUGUAAAAUGUCUUGUGAUUUUUCUCUGUGAAUAUGUGGGUCUGGCUAGAAGGCCCAAUGCUGUACAUAUGGGGAUAGUCUGGGUCAGGUCAAUCACUUCCUCUCUCACCCAUUUCGCUUCCAAGACCAUUUGUAGUGAGUGGCUGCUGUGCUAUGUGUGAAAUCUCUCUUUGCCAGGCCUCUCUCAGUGAUUAGCUUUUGGUAUGUCUGUAGCUUUCCUUGAAGUUGAAUAAAUGUUUCCCCCACUCCA